CCUUAAUAGCAGCAAAUGCUGGCCUUCAGAGCCAGUUGACUCUAUUACCGAAGUUUAGCAAUGUCUCAAUUCACAACGAGUUUGCCGUACCAGGGUUUUGAAGAUCCUGUUACAUUUCUGCAAGGAUUUACAAAUAAUGACAGUGAUGUAAAGAUAAAAUUCAACCAUGGCACAACAACACUGGCUUUCAAGUUUAAGCAUGGUUGUAUUGUUGCAGUGGACUCCAGAGCCACUGCGGGUCCUUAUAUUGCUUCUCAGACAGUGAAGAAAGUCAUUGAGAUCAACCCAUAUCUCCUCGGAACUAUGGCAGGUGGUGCUGCAGACUGUUCUUUCUGGGAACGAGUUCUGGCGAAGCAAUGCAGAAUAUAUGAGCUUCGGAACAAGGAGAUCAUAUCUGUAGCUGCAGCUUCUAAGCUAUUGGCAAAUAUGGUAUAUGGUUACAAAGGAAUGGGACUUUCCAUGGGCACAAUGAUUGUUGGAUGGGACAAACAAGGCCCCGGUCUGUACUAUGUGGACAGUGAUGGUACCAGGCUCACCAACGAUAUUUUCUCUGUGGGAUCUGGCUCAACGUAUGCAUAUGGCGUGUUAGACAGUGGCUACAGCUAUGACAUGAGCGUGGACGAUGCCAUUGAUCUCGCCCGCAGGGCCAUCUAUCACGCCACACACCGCGAUGCUUACAGUGGUGGUGUCGUCAACCUGUACCACAUGCGCAAGACCGGCUGGGUUAAAGUGUCACAGGAUGAUGUCAUGGACCUGCACUUCAAGUAUCAGGAGGAGAAACUGAAGAAACAUGCAUAGUCGUACUACUAAUUGAAACAGCAUCACCUAUCUGAUGCUGUAACAAAGCAACGACUUAACUCCUUUGAUCACUGUAAUCCGAGUUUUUUUCAUGCAAAAAAUAUUAUACAAAUUAAAGCAUCCUUUCUGUCAGAUCAUUGUGAGUGGCCACUAAGGUAAUGAGUACUCAGUUUAUUGCCUUUCUCUACAUGAUGGUUGGUAAAAAAAUUACACCAGUGUUGUCAUUGUGCUACUGCAUUCUAAUAAAUAACUCUAAAUGCAUACUGUCAGAAAAAAAGAAA